AUGAAUGAAAUCAAACAAUCUGUAUCGGAUGAACAAAUUAAAAAUCAAUCUUCUUCAGAAAAGAGGACUUUCGAUGAACACGUAUUCGUGAAGGAUGAAAUUGAAAGUCUGAAAAACCAAUUGGAGAAGGAAAAGCAAACAAAUAAGAAGAUCAGUUCAAAUGUGAAGAAGUUAAAGAAAAAGCUGAUUGAUGUUUCCUCGUUAUUGGAAUUGCAAGAUAAUUUGAAGAAGAAAAUAGAGGAGCAAGUUUUAGAAAUUAUGAAAUUGCGUCAACAUAAUCAAUCUUUAUUUGAACAAAACGAAUCGUUAAAACAACAAUGUUCAAAAUUAGAAAAAAACGCAAAAAGCUCUACUCUCACUCUUGAUCAAUCUCAAAUUAUUCAACAAUUGCGUUUUGAAAAGAUGAGCAAUGAAAAUACAAUCUCUUCCUUGAAGAAUGAUUUGGAAAAAGUUAAAUCUGAAAAGCAAGACUUAUUAUUACAAAUCGAACAAAACCACAACAAAUUACAGAACUGUGAAUUUUUGACCAAUCAAGUGCAAGAACUAAGAGGUCUUUUAACACAUGCUCAAAAGGAGCUAUCUGAGCUAAGAGAAAGAAGAGGUUUCAUUUCUUACUCUGAUUUUGCGGUAGUCAGGCCAUCAGUGGUAGAAGAACACCAGAAAAAAGAGUAUAAAUCAAUAGCCGUCAACACUGACCCUAUACAAAUGGACUGGUCAAAAUGUCCAAAUUGUGCCGCCAAACAAACAUUUGGAAACUUUGUCACAUCUGCUGAAAACACUACCCCAAAACAACAUGCUACAAGUUUGCCACAACUUGCAUGUAUUCAAAGUCCUCCUAAAGAGAAACCCCAAAACAAAAGGAAAAUGGAUGAAAAAUUGGCAUCAUCAUUCAAAAAACCUAAACAAACGGAGGCGACGAAUGUGCCCAUGUCACAACUUUCUCUUCCCUUCUCAGAGGCUGUACCAAAAGCACCUCCUGUACUACCCAAACUCAAAAAAGUCUCGUCCAUUCGAAGGAACACUGAUACAAGCUCUCCACACUUACCUUUUUUACGUAUUGAAUCAAAAUCGCCUCAAGAAGCAUCAGUCAAACAAAUUUCUGCAGAAAACCCCUUACAAAAGCCAGAAGAACCAGCAAUUACCAUUCCAGAUAUACCUUCUAUUUAUUUUGAGAAACAAGGUGAAUCAUCUGUUGCUCAGUAUAUUGAAAAUAUUUUCAUGAACUUUAUUUGCAACUUUGAGACAUUUAUUUCUGAUAAGGUUUUACAAGCCAGAGUAUUAGGCGAGAUUGUAAAAACGUGUAAGAUGAUUUGGAAACAGUACUCUGAGGAGAGUACGCAAAUUACAGAAGGAGUCUCUAAUGUAAUAAUUCGGCUAAUAACUGAGAAGGCUACUUUUAUUCAGUGGAAUUUAUUCAUUAUCAUGCUUGACCAUUUGGACAUUUAUAGCUGUCACAUAAAUUUGUUGGAGAAGUUAAUGAAUGAAGCAGAAAUAUUUGUGACCCAAGUGCUUUUGGAGAAUACGAAUGACCAAAAUUAUUCAAGGUUGAUAGCAUUAUUGGCAGGACAAAGUACAAUCUGCAACACUCGAUUUGCCAGAUUGGAUUUUUGCAUGUUUUCCAAAAUGAAAGAGUUAUUCUAUAAUAUUUUGCAAUUUGCCUUGAGAAAUGAGUGGAGCAAAACCCGUGGAUUAUUCAGUGUCAGAUGUUUGCAAUUACUGUUGGCUAUGGUUUCUGCAAACAAACGUCUACUAAGAAACGGUUUCGAUCCUAACUCUGGCAUCGAUAUGGCUGUGGCCUUGGUGUUCAAGCAAAUAGUUCAAUCGAAUGAUCUGACUGGCCAAGACAAGAUGAAUGAACAAGUAAUACUGACCCUUGAAAAUUUUCUUGAAUUUUGUGCAUUGGAUUUGAGCGUUGAAGAUGUGUGUGAUAUGUUGUUGAAUAAUAUUGACAACUUUCAAACAAAUACUUACCAAAUACCAAAUUCUCUUGCUCUGAUUGGUCUUUCAGUGAAUGACUGGAAUUGGACGUAUAAUUAUUUAAUAUUUGGAAAGUUGUGGCCAAAACUGCUCCAUUACUUGUCAAACAAAAGUCAUGUGAAACUACAAAUAGUUUUGACAUCAAUUUGUAAACUGGCUAUUUCCAGAUCUCAGUUACAUCCACAAAGAUUGUACACAAAAGAGUGGCAACUCAACGAUCUUUCACAUGAUGGACAAUUACAACUAUUGGAAAAAUUGAAAGGAAUACUUUUGUUGGACAAUGUAUUCACUUUUGAAACUGUCAAACUGGCUGCCGAUAUUAUGGCCGAAAUAUUAAUUAAUCGACUAGCUUGCACCUCGUUGGAACAAGACAUGACAAUUAGAUCCAAUCAUGAACAAUUCUUAAAGCCUUAUGCAGACUUUCUUAAAGAUUGGUAUUUAAAGAGGACAAACAGAACAACCAAAACAAACGUUUCAGCCGUUGACAUGUUGAUUGAUGUGGUUUAA